AUGGGUGACUGGAGCUUUCUGGGUAACAUUUUAGAGGAAGUCAACGAGCACUCUACGGUGAUCGGCCGGGUGUGGCUCACGGUGCUCUUCAUCUUUCGCAUCCUCAUCCUGGGGACCGCCGCCGAGUUCGUGUGGGGCGACGAGCAGUCCGACUACGUCUGCAACACGCAGCAGCCCGGAUGUGAGAACGUGUGCUACGACGAGGCCUUCCCCAUCUCCCACAUCCGCCUGUGGGUGCUGCAGAUCAUCUUCGUGUCCACGCCGUCGCUGGUGUACGUGGGCCACGCCGUGCACCACGUCCACAUGGAGGAGAAGCGCAAAGAGCGCGAGGAGGCGGAACUGAGCCGGCAGCAGGAGCUGAGCGAGGAGCGACUCCCUCUGGCUCCCGACCAGGGGAGCGUCCGCACCACGAAGGAGACCAGCACCAAGGGAAGCAAGAAGUUCCGGCUGGAGGGCACUCUGCUGAGGACCUACAUCUGCCACAUUAUCUUCAAGACUCUGUUUGAGGUGGGCUUUGUGGUGGGCCAGUACUUCCUCUACGGCUUCCGCAUCCUGCCGCUGUAUAAAUGCAGCCGCUGGCCCUGCCCCAACACGGUGGACUGCUUCGUGUCUCGCCCCACGGAGAAGACUGUCUUCAUCAUCUUCAUGCUGGCCGUGGCCUGCGUCUCUCUGUUCCUCAACUUUGUGGAGAUCAGUCACUUGGGCCUGAAGAAGAUCCGCUUUGUCUUCCGAAAGCCGGCGCCGGCCCCGGCCCCGAGCCAAGGCGAGGGCCCGGCCCCGCUGCCCCCGGCAGGGAAGAGCCUGCCGCCGCUGGCCGUCUCCUCGCUGCAGAGAGCCAAAGGCUACAGGCUGCUGGAGGAGGAGAAGGCCCCCCCUGUGACCCACCUGUACCCUCUGGCCGAGGUGGGCAUGGAGGCCGGCAGAGGGACCCCACCCUUCCAGGGGCUGGAGGAGAAAGCGGAGGAGGUGUUGCCCAUGGAGGACAUCUCUAAGGUGUACGACGAGACUCUGCCCUCCUACGCCCAGACCACCAAGACGGCGGGGGUGACUUUACACGAGGACGAGCCCGAGGAGGCGCAGCCGCCGGAGGCCGAGGCAGAGAGGGUGGAGGAGGCCGCGGAUGAGGACGCGGAGGUAGAGCAGGCAGUCAGCAGGGACGCGGCGACCCCGGCGGAGGCAGGGAUGGAGGCCGCGGAUACGAUAGAAGACACCAGACCGCUGAGCCGACUGAGCAAAGCCAGCAGCAGGGCCAGGUCAGACGAUCUCACCGUAUGA